GAGUAAUAUAAAGUUUCUAUCCACGUGCGGCUAAUAACUACCUAAGAUGAUGGGUUAUUGCCCACCAAAUGUGACACUAGCAGAAGUGUGGAUUGAUCAUGGUAUAUCACAAUGUUUCAUGGAGACAGUAUCAUCUGUUAUUAUUGGAGGAUUUCUACUCAUUUUUGGGACCAUACAAAUUGUGCUGCAUGUGAGACAUGCUGUCGAAGUUACCGAUGUAAGACCGUCCGCUUUAUUCGGCGUUCAAAUAGUAUUCACGCUAUUCGUACCUAUCCUAGCAGUGAUAAGGUUCAUAUUACAAGCGUUUGUUUUUAAAGGAGGACAAAUAUAUGGUUAUAUGAUUUUGGCGUUAGUGGUGACUCUAAUAGCUUUUCCUCUGUCAGCAUACCUGGCGGUUAUAGAAAGGCGAUUUCUGUUGCCAUCCUUGCCGCCCAGAGGACAUGGCUUUGUACUCCUUGUUUUUUGGGCACUGAUCUUCGUUUCGGAGAAUCUGUCAUUCCUGAAUCUCAAUAAAGAUGGGUGGUGGUGGAGAUUGAAAAAUCUUCAAGAUCGUUUAGAGAUGGCGUUAUUCAUAGGACGUUAUGUCUCUUGUAUGAUAAUUUUUGUGCUUGGCUUAAAAGCUCCGGGUAUAAUGCACCAUUAUGAAUAUUUGGAGGAUGAAAGCCUAUUUCGGAUUCCACCAGGGUCUGAUAACAGGUCGACUUUCCGCAAUGUGUUCGGUAAACUUCGCGUCUUGCUGCCGUUCCUAUGGCCACGGAAGGAUAUGUGCUUGCAGGUGUACGUAUUCAUCUGCAUAUUGGCCCUCAUUGCGGGUCGCGUCGUCAACUUGUACGUGCCCAUAUAUAGUAAAUUGAUUGUGAAUAGCUUGACAGAUCCUCCAAUACUAUUCCGCUGGGACCUGGUCAUCGUAUCUGUGGUGUUAAAGUUCUUGCAAGGCGGCGGCACCGGCGGCAUGGGUUUACUCAACAAUCUUAGAUCUUUCCUGUGGAUCAGAGUGCAGCAGUAUACUACAAGAGAAUUGGAGAUGGAGCUUUUUAGACAUUUGCACGGGUUGCCGCUCAGUUGGCAUCUCUCAAGGAAGACGGGCGAAGUUCUACGCGUCAUGGACAGGGGCACAGAUUCCAUAGACAAUUUACUGUCAUACAUUCUGUUCUCCAUAACGCCCACUCUAGUGGACAUCCUUGUUGCUGUAAUAUUUUUCGUGAUCUCUUUCAACGCGUGGUUUGGAUUAAUCGUAUUCUCAACAAUGAUAUUGUACAUAAUUGCCACAAUAGUGGUGACGGAAUGGCGUACUAAGUUCCAACGGCGAAUGAAUCUCGCCGACAACGAGCAGAAAGCGCGUUCCGUAGAUUCGCUUCUUAACUUUGAAACCGUAAAGUAUUAUGGUGCGGAGAGUUAUGAAGUAUUAUCUUAUAAAGACGCUAUAGUCAAUUUCCAGAAAGAGGAAUACAAAUCUUUGAUUACAUUAAACAUGUUGAAUACAAUACAAAACAUAAUAAUUUGCAGUGGUUUGAUGGCUGGUUCAUUACUCUGCGUUCAUAUGGUCGCAAAUAUGAACGAAUUGACUGUUGGAGACUAUACUCUUUUUGCAACAUACCUGGUGCAGCUUUAUGUACCGUUGAAUUGGUUCGGUACCUAUUACAGAGCUAUACAAAGGAAUUUCGUGGACAUGGAGAACAUGUUCGACCUAAUGCGUGUGGAUUCCGACAUUAAGGAUGUGCCCGGCGCCCCGGAUUUACUAGUUCGUCGCGGCGCCGUCGAAUUCAAAGACGUCUCCUUCGGUUACGGGCCCGAAAGACUUGUGCUUAACAACAUCAGCUUCACAGUACCACCGGGAAGCACUGUUGCUUUGGUCGGUCCAAGUGGUGCGGGUAAAUCGACAAUAGUGCGACUACUGUUCCGUUUCUACGAUGUGAACGAAGGAGCUAUCCUAGUGGACGGUCAAGAUGUACGCACAGUAACGCAGGCGUCGUUACGCGCUAACAUUGGCGUGGUGCCACAAGACACAGUUCUAUUUAAUAACACUAUCAGAUACAACAUUCAGUACGGACGCCUUACGGCUGAAACGGCAGACAUCAUCUCUGCUGCUAAGAACGCAGACAUUCACGACAGAAUACUCACAUUCCCUGACGCUUAUGAUACACAGGUCGGGGAAAGAGGAUUGAAGCUCAGUGGAGGUGAAAAGCAGCGGAUUGCCAUAGCACGGACCAUUCUCAAGGACCCAGCUAUAGUUUUAUUGGAUGAAGCUACAUCCGCAUUAGAUACUAAUACUGAGCGAAAUAUUCAGGCGGCGUUAGCUCGAGUAUGCGCUAAUAGGACUACGCUGAUAAUAGCGCAUAGACUAUCAACAAUAAUUCAUGCAGACGAAAUCUUAGUGUUGAAAGACGGGGAAAUUAUCGAGAGAGGACACCACGAAGCACUGUUGGCCCAAGGAGGUUUCUACGCAUCCAUGUGGCAGCAACAAUUAGAAAAUAGAAACAAUGAUGCACUAGAAAAUAGCACAGAAGGCAACAAUAACCGUAGCCAGGCCAACCAACAGAACGGCGGAAAUACCUUCGGCCAUGGCCAUGGACACUUCUAG